UGGCUGUCCUUUUUACACACCACACUCCCUACAAACCACACCAACUCUCUCUUUUUAUAGCUUCUCUUUCUCUUUCUCUUUCUCUUUCUCUCACAAUGGCAACCCUGCAUUCUCUUGCUUUGACCUCUCCAGUCUCACACCAUUUGCUGCAGCCACGCUCUUCCUCAGGCAUAGUAUCUUGGGCUGCUGUCCAUAGAAGUGCAAAGUCAUUAUUCAAUGGCCUACCUCUUCACUUGCCUCGUCUGAGGGUAGCUCCGCUAAGACAGAACUCCCAUGGAUCCAUUAUAAUGAUGGUCAAACCAGCAAUUCAGUUCAUCCAAGGAACUGAUGAACAGACAGUACCAGAUGUGAGGCUAACCAAGUCCAGAGAUGGCACAAAUGGUAUGGCUAUCUUCAGGUUUGAUCAGCCCUCAGUUUUUGAUUCAUCCGGUGAAGUUGGUGAUAUCACUGGUUUUUACAUGAUUGAUGAGGAAGGGGUUCUUCAGUCAGUUGAUGUAAAUGCCAAAUUUGUCAACGGAAAGCCUGCAGGAAUUGAAGCUAAGUAUGUGAUGCGGACUCCUCGAGAUUGGGACAGAUUCAUGAGAUUCAUGGAGAGAUACUCCAAUGCGAAUGGCUUGCAAUUCAUAAAAAAAUGAGUCAAUAUUUGUCUCUUGUUUUGCCCUUUCAUCUGUCAUGUUGGAUUUUUGUAAUUUAGUCAAGUGAAACUUUGGAAGACUUGGUUCAUGUGAAUAUGACAUACCACAUGCUCCUUCUCAUUCAAUGAAUGUGGCAAUGUUUAAUUCA